CCACACUCCCAACCUUAUACAUACCCCUAAAUUAAGACCAAAUAGCAAAAAUGUUUAACGAAAUAGCACAUUUUUUCUUUGUGGCUGUUGUAUCUAGUGACAACCGUUUAGACGGGGGGGAUAUUUGACGUCACUAGAUAGCUAGGCUGGCUAGCUAGCGUGCUAAUUUUUGUGAAUUUUAUCCAGAAUAUUUUCCUGUGUGUAGCUACAGAUUUCCACAGUAUGAGCAACGUUGGUUUUUCGGCUACACGGGGGAUCAGCUCCGGCGGACCUGAUAAGGUCGACAUGUCUUUAGAUGAUAUAAUUCGUUUGAACAAGAAAGAGCAACAAGCAAGGAGGCCGGGCCCGGGGAACCGCAGGCCACUACAGAAGGGGAAGGUCUUUGUCCAAGGGAAGCCAGUUGGAGCGAGGACCAGGGGACAGACUCAAAGACGAGGUGGUGUACCAAGAGGUGCGAUAACGAGAGCGGGUUUUGGAAGAGGCCGAAAGAUUCCCUCUCCGGUUGUUCGAAGCCGGGGUCAAGGGGUUAUCACUGGACUGGCAGCCCGAAAGACUGCAGCACUACAGAAAGGCAUCAGUCCGCUCAACCGACCUGCUAUCAACCGGAAGUUACAGCCCUUCAACAACCGAUCACGGCCCUUCAACAACCGAUCACGGCCCUUCAACAACCAAUCACGGCCCUUCAACAACCAAUCACGGCCUUUUAUCCAACCAGCCCAAUACAGACAGGUGCAAGGCCAAAGGAGGCCCUAUAGACAGACAGACGUACAGAGAGGCCUCGACUCGACGAGACCCUUUCAGCAGCGGAGACGGCCCUUGCCCCCUGUCCAAACCCAGAGAGAAGCCCGCCAGGCCACAUUUCUCUCCCGCAGGGGCCUCAAGGUUCACGCCCAGGUCCCGAAGCCGACUUUAACCUCUAUAUCCCCUGCCCCAGUUAGAACCCGCCAGUGGCGCACGUCAACAAACAGCAGUGGGAUCCUGACCGUUUCCAUCGACAACCCCACUGCCAUGACACAGUCUGAGCCUCCUUGUGCUUGGUCCCUGCACCCCUCGGCCCCCACCAGCUCUGCCCCAGUCAAGAUGAAGGUGGAAGAGGAGAAGAAAACGGAACCACCUAAAGGAGUCCCCUUGCAGUUUGACAUCAACAGUGUGGGGAAACCGUUUCCCAUGUGUAUCAAGAAUGAUCCACCAACCAAAGGACACCUAGACAACUUGAUACAACUGUGGGAGGCAUUGGAGUCAAUAUGGGCCAUCAGCCCUGUGGAAUGCUUUCGACACCUUGUAGAGUCCAUGCCCUGACGAAUUGAGGCUGUUCUGAGGACUAAAGGGGGUGCAACUCAAUAUUAACUGCGAUGACUUUGAAUGAGCGAUUCCGCAUCCUGAAAGACGAGCGCGUCGCCACUGCGCAGACCAGCAAAGGCAGCCGAUUCAUCACUGUGGGUUAAGACAAUGACGCAAAGGAGAAGGGGGAUCCCCAAAACCUUUGUGUCCCAGACAGACACACACACACACACACACACUGAUCCCCACCUAUCUGAUGAUAUAGAACCGUUUUAAAAGGACCCUGAGCUGAUCGUAAGCUGAUCCUCCUGAGUGAUUUUCCUUAUGGAGCAGACUUGGGGUAGAAAGAGAGUGAUGCAUUCUCAGUAGGAUGAGCCUAGUAUGCUGAUAUUUGUUGCUUACUUGCAUUCAUUUUUAUGAAAACAGUAGGCAUACGUUCUAAAUUGUAUGCCGUUCGAGUAAAUAUUAGGCAAACCAGUUUUGGACACCGCCUUUUGGAUGUAAAAUAAUGAUGGUAGAAUGUUUUUUAUAUGUAUAGAUAUGGGAUACUGUUCUAUAGGAAAUGUUAUACUUUUAAAUGUUUUCAUACUAACUAAAUUCAUUUUGUUGAAUAAAUCCCUAAUUAACGUA